CAUAGUAAAGGGUCAUCAUGUAUAGGUCUUGUACUCUGGCUGUUAUGUCUGUUGCUGUCGCUUCGCUUCUGUUUGGUCGGCUCGUUCCUUCAUUCGGAUGAUAAACGCGCGCAUAAACAAGCAAGAAGCAUAGAAGAUUUUUACAUGCAUCAGAUAUACGAGUAUUUGUUGCCGUGGGAAAGACGGCUUGAAUGAAGCGGAACUUUUAAAGUAAAGAGUCCUUAAGCAAUUGUCACCAUAUACAUAGUAUCACUACAGUUGAAGAACAGAGAUGUCUGAAGAGAACGUUGUGCAUCGCAAGGAAAAGAAAAAUUUACGAAAAAGCACAGAUGGUUAUCGGACCGACUCAGGAUGUUUCGAAGACGUCGACGUCCCGAUAACUAGCCAAAAUCCUUCCACAACGACCUCGUCGGAGUCUGUCAACUUGCACGGUGAAAAACCUACGGGAAAUGACCCAUUCCUCGAGGAAUACCGACUUCCAACGGAGUACGCGCCCGACCCAUGUCCGAACCCUUCUUCCAUAGCAGAUGAGUGCGCCGACGACAAAGAUUUUCAUGCGAUUUUGAAGCGAUUGUCGGAUUUAACAACCAAUCCCGGAGAUUUGUACCGAUUAUGUUUCGGCUCUAGAUUGUCAUUCUGUGGACAUAUGUCCGGUACGGUGGAAAGAGAGGAGCCAGACAUUGAGGGAAGCAGCAAGAGCGUCACUAUACACAAGAAUGAACGUGAAGAUGCUGAGAUUCCUUUAGAAACGGCGGCAAAAUUGAAUGCAGAAAGACCGAGUAAUGAACAACAAUGUGUCGAAUUGCUGUCCUUAAUAUCUUCUUUAAUGAAAAAAGUUAAGGAAAAUCCAAAUUUUUUUAAGGAAUCGGGUUUAGGUAACUCGCUAGUUGCUCAACUGUCCUCGUUGCUUCCCGCGUUGGAAGAUUCAAAGAGAAAUGACAGGCAAUCACAGGAACCAUCACUGAUCCAUUCUAACCCCCACGAUCUGUGCAUCUCACAAUCGACGACCAGCGGGGACGACGAGCACAAAAGCCUUGUAAUUCCAGAAGAAUCUAGACCGGUUAGAGAACCUCGCUUAGACAAAAAUCAUGCCAAUGAUCCGUUACAAAAGCAAUACUCCACCCAAAUCCUUCCCGUUGGUCAUAACACAGAGGCUGAUGAAAAGCUUGGACCCUAUCACACGGCAGAGACAUUACCAUCGAACCAAGAGAAAUCAAGUGUCUCCCUGGAACUAGAAACAUCUAAUAUUCCUGGUUCGAUUUUAAAUGACUGUUCAGAAAAUCAAAACAAAUAUCUUUCGCCCUCAUGUCAAAAGAAGGAACUGGAAAAUACAUUUCCUUCCUCAAAAAGAGAAGGGGAACUUGAUGGAGACACUGCUUUCAUGGGAGACCCGUUAGAAAGUCAUGACAAAGUACCAUUUGCCUCAACCGAAAAAGAAGUAUUCCAGACCACAUUACCUGUAGUAUCUUUCACUAAGGAGGAUCCUUCCAACCCGGAACAUUAUAACAGUUGUCCUGAUUCAGAAUGUCAAAUAGACAACCAAUGCGAGACACCGUCGCUCUUUACCAAUGAAGAAAAAUCUUAUCCAGCCAACGCAAAAAUCCCACAGUCUUAUAAAACUGAUGAUGUUGAUUCAAAUUUACAACAUUGUGCGGACAAAGUUGAUUAUCCAGUACCCCCCGAACAGAGCCAAGACAAUAUUUCAGUUCCAAAUGUUAAUUACACUGACGCCCAAUCGUCUGACGGCGCGAACGAAGAUUCAAGGGACGUUGUUAUGAACGGGCGGCGAGCUGUAAAACCUUACAGCUGGGAUUACGGGGACAUUUGGGAGAAAGAACUCGAAAGAGCCAGAGGCUCCGAAGCGUUUCUCGGAGAGUCGGCACGAGAGAUGAUGCCAUCUUUUGAAGAAAUACGGGACGAGUUAUUCCACAAUGCUGGUUUUCUUUAUGACAACAGUGAUCGUUCUGCCGAUGCUACGAAGCGUCGAAGCCGAUCCGCCGACUCAAGGCCCAGUUUACCAGACGAUAUUCCAACACAACCAGAGUACUGCGGUAUGCCGAACGAGGUGCAUUCUCCGUUCGUUCGAACUAUAUAUCAAGAUGAGAACAGGCCGAGUACGGCCGGGUUGAGACGAAGCUGGAGCUCGCAUCAUAUUGGUGACAAUUCUGUAAUGGUGAACGUUGAUUGGGAACGUGGAAGACAGGUGAUCACUGGAUCCUCUGGGCGAGGUUUUGAUAGUGUUCACGCUCAGAUUAUCAAGGAAGCGGUCUUGAAAAGCAGUACGUUCACAGGGUCGAGGCCUUGGUCUGCAUUAAAAAGACGUCCGUCUGGGUUACGACGACGUUCAGGUAAAAAUGAAUUGUUUCAUUCCAAAUACAGUGGGCAAUCUCAUGAAAGGAUCGAUAAUGAUUCGGAAAGCAGCGAUUCCCCCUACGUCAGCGCGACGUCUUCCGACUGUCUUACUUCGGCGACUGACGACAGCUCUAGCGUGACUUCUUCACCGAAUUAUGCCACAUCCUCGCUACCUUCGUCACCGUCCGUGAGCAACCGUAAUAGCGCAUGUUUCUCCGACACUAGCACAUCGGAUGCUUCGGAUAUUCGAAGAGUUGUGUUUCAAAGUUCCCCAUCCGAGCUUUCCUUUCACGGACAUUAUGCAGGAGGAUACAAUGCUCUCACAAGACGUGGUAUUACAUUAAAUGAACGUUUUAGGGAAAUUGAGAGUCAUUACGGUAUCUCACCGAACAUGCAAAUUUCUUCAAUUGAGGGCGUAGAAAGUCCUCUAGUAAAUGCGGAAAACUUCCAUGAAGUACGAUCGAGAAACGUACGAGAGAACUCAUAUGCCUUUCCUCGAAAACUGCCCAACCCAAUGUCGCCGUUGCUUGUUCGUAGCGACUCUGACCUGAAUAACCUUACAAAGGUGGAGUUUGUUGGCGACUCCUAUUCACGAUCUCGCAUCAGCAAAAAUGUACGACACACUCGAAAUAGAUCACAAAGUCCAUUGUCUCUCGGACCAAGCUCUGCUCACACACGCGUGGUUAGUUGUGAGAUUGUUCAAAGUGAUAACGGAAAACAAGAUGUUUAUACCAAGGUUAACAUUGCCGAGUCUCUUGACGACGACAGAGAUAGGAAAUUUCACGAUGGCUGGAACAAUAAAAUGGGAUACCCGAGUUCUCGGCGAAGUUGGCACGGACAAUCGUCGACGCGCGCCUCGAACCGGUAUUACCCGACAAAGAAUAUCGUAGCCGCGUCAAACGGAUCAGGAAGAUACAUCAAUCCACUUUGCUCUACAUCACAUCAACGAUACGCCAGUCAUUCCAAAAAUGAGGCACGCAGUGAAAAGCCAGUUCAUGCUACACUCGUUUCCGUUAACAAUCAUAAAAAUAGAGGGCGUACGCAUUGGUCCACAGGAAGUCUUAGAGUGCCCUCCAAGGAAGAACCUUGCCGUUUGUCGAAUAAAGUCACGAAAAGAUCUAGAUUGUGCGGGCAUUCAACUUCUAACAUUGAAUUUUCUCCGCAUUUUGAGAAGAAUUUUCAAGGGUAUCAGUGUAGAAAUUUCGGAAGAGAUCAAUCCGUAUCGCGUCAAUCGUCGGAUAUUAAACUAAGAUCAGGACGCCCGCGAUCGCCACCCGUCUACGCUACAGCCAUGAACAAUUCACAAGAUUUGCAAAGGCAGAAAAAACGGAUGGAAUUGCCAGCGAAUGAGAAACGUUGUGCAGAUAAAGACUCUUCUGGGCGCAGUUCGCUCAUGGAAAGAAACAGAAUUAAAGCCAAACCGAAGGAGCGAAUGUCACAUAUUGUCAAAGAAACGUCGUUUGUUGGACCUUCAACCUUCACGAAAUACCAAACCUCAUCAAAUCCGUCAUUGACCCAAGCGAGGCGUUCGAGAAGUCUGAAUGAGAGGGAUGCGAUAUCACGUCGAAGAUCACAAGAUUCCGACAUUUACAGAAGGAGAGCGUUGGAAGCUAAUUUCAGUGAUGGAGAAUAUUUAUGUCCUUUCUCAAGAUAUGAUUCUGAUGGUACAACUAUGCAUCGCCUUGAUCGUAGACGAAGAUAUAGCGAGGGUGCAGCAUGUCGUCUGACGAGGCGUGAAUUUGCGACUACAGAUGGCCUCGUCGAUUCCUCGUAUUGCGAUCCCCAUCGGGAGUCCAUAAGAGAAGGAACGUACUCGAUCGUAAAUGCUGAGUCUGCGCGCGAAAAAACGAAGUUGAGCGCUACUCAUUUAGUCCGCCAAACUAGAGGAGAGAUCAACAGUUCAAAGAACGUUGCGCCCGAAAUAGAAUGGAAAGAUAAAAAAGCGAAACUUGUUGAACCGGGUAAAACAGAACGGCAGCGAGGAAUGAAGAAAAGCAAUUCCAAUUAUAACAACGAUUUCACGCGUGAGGAUACACAAGAAAACAGAUAUUCAGGAACUGAGCUUGAUCGAUCAAACAGUCCUAAAGCAAAGGAGAAAUUUACAUUUGACAAACCAGCCAGUGACCAUCCAAUGUAUUCGACUUCAUCACAUGCACCGGAAAAGCUGUGUGGAAACGACAAAACGGAAAAUGUAGAUUAUGCUUCAUCCGAGAAAACAUUCAAAAAGGUGUCGAUGGAAUCGGAAAGUAGUAAAAUUCACGGUAUAACAUCUGACAGAAUCCAUCAACCCAAUAUAAAAGAGGAAAACAUUUCGCCAGUGUCGCCAUAUUGUAAGACCUCGUACGGAAAUACUGACAAAUCUGCGAGACCAUUGCCGAAUGACUUAAAAAAGAUUGACUCAACUGUUCCGCUAUCCAGUAUUUCAGAUGAUGCGAGUCAAGUUAUUUUAGCGCCUGAAUUGCAUUCGAAUAAGGUUAAAAGUAAUGCCGAUUUUGAUGUUUCCAACGAAGUAAAGGUAUUACAUCCAGAGAUCAAUGUUGGUGGAAAUGCUUUGACAGAACCUCAACUUGUUAGAAAUGAUGAUGAUAAUACAUCUCUGUCUCAGCGUUUUAUACGUACGAAGAAAAAUGAGAUAAACGCAACUACUUUUCACCAGGAAAUAUUUCCAAACCAACAGGUCAAAGUCGAUAGUCUUGCUUCUUCCACAUCACUCGUCAACGCUUCUCGAAAGUCAAACGAAGCAAACUUGAAGCACGGGGGUUUAUUCUCGCCUCUGUUGUGCCGAAUGGUAACGCAGACGAUCUCGAUGGAGAGGAUCCCAACCAGAAGAAAGAAGAAAAUAAUAUCAUUCCGAUUUUGCCCGAUCCUAUCAUACGCGACCAGAAAAAUGAAGUAAAUGUUUUUAUCGACUAUCGAAAUAAAAGACCUGUUUCAAUCGAGUAUUCCGACGAAGAUAUCUCAUUUCUCACAACUUUGGGAAGCUCCGCACGAGCAUCGAGAAAGUUCAAAAGAAAUAGCAGUGAGGAGAGUAGAAUAAAAACAAUAAAAAACCGUCCGUCAUAUGCUGCAUUAGAAACGGAAAGUGUUGUUUCGACAAAACAGACGAUGAAGAACUCUGAAGAAGUUUGCCGUUCCAGACUGAGCCGUAAAGAUAAACACGAAAGUGAUCUUCAGAAUAACAGAUUGAAAAAUCUGAUUCAAAAAGACAAAUGUCAGUUGGUUCCUGUGUCGAAUAAUCACAAACUUUCUCCGGAACCAUAUCGUCGUGACAAUACGAUUGUUUAUACUGACGCGAGAACUAGCUUUGGGAGUGAUACGGACAGCAUCUCCCGCGAUAGCACGAUAUCAUCCAGCGGUUCGGACAUGACUGUGAUACUCCAAGAAGACAUUGAUAUAUCCGUUGACGAUUUGAGACAACUUAAAGAAAGCGGCUCAAAGAUUGGAAUCGACAUCGCGCCGAUCGUUGUCGAAACGGGUGACGAUCUGUUGGAGGGGUGCACUGAUAUUUCGACCGAAAUGCCGCCAGCUAUGGAAUUGUCAAAAACUUUGAAAAAUUAUCAGAAAUCAAUCCCAGCCGAAAAAGGUAAUUCAAGUACCCAAUCAAUUCCAACAAAGGAGGCAGUUAACCUGAGAGAAAAAUCGCCCUCCAUAGUACACAGUGAUAAAAGUAACUUUACGAAACGCUCGAUUGAUUUUAAAAACGGCGAAAGGUUAUCCAGUCACUAUUCAACGCCAUCCAAUUCUAAUGUAUCCUCUGCGUCCUCGUCCGUAGCUUCGUCGCGUGCAAGCAGCAAAACAACCGUAAAUGAAGGUUCUGAGGGCAAGAACUCCUCGAAAUCAGGCGAAGGUGGGAAAGGCUUCCUCUCCAGAUUGAAAAGCUUUCGGAGUAGCUUCCGGGCUAAAAAGUCGGAUCAGAAUUCUUUCGAUAAGAAAGGUAAACAUAAUAAAAAUUCCCAAGGGAAAAGUAAGGAAAGCAACACUAUCUGUAACGAAAGCAAAGGUACGUCCCGACAAUUGCCGACCAAUACCGAUAAUAACUCGAAUAUAUUAUUUAAACAUCGGAAGAGAACAAAGUCGGAAACCAGAAUUGUGAAUACUAAGAGCAGUGAAGCUCUUUCACGAAGAUCGUACGACGCAUUCCGGCAUCCCAGCAAUAGUCUCCGUGACGUAGUUGGAGCAAAAUCGCUGUCGUCAGACCAUUUAAACAGAUAUCGUAUAAGCAAUGCUCCGAACUUCGACGAAAUAAAUGCGAAAAGUUUGGAGGUGCUUGUGGAAACUUGUAUCUAAUUUCUGCGAGAAAGUUCAGAAAGUUCUCAUGUUUAACCCUAAAUCACCUGAACGUCCUUUAUCUACGUGCUAAUAUAAGCUGUAGAAAAAACUGGACUUCCGAUGACAACAACAGCAGGAGCAAUUUGAAAUAUCAUCUUUUCUAAACCUUCGUGGGCAUGUGGAGUUUCCAACAUAUACAUACGUGAUGCUUCGAGCGUACGUUUCUAUAUAUAUAAUGUUAAAAAGCAACUGGUGACUUGUGACAGCAACGGCUUAGACAGAUUAGUACGUAUGGUAUUACUGCCAUGCCUUUCAAGGCUUUCACAGACUUUUAAGCUGGCCUGUUAUUAAGUUGCGAAACUUGUUUAUUUCAAACAUAUCGCUGAAAUUCGUGACAAUAACUCCGGAAUGUCUAUAAUGGUAACGAAAACAACAAAAUAUCGACUUCCAUUUUGUAAACAUUCCAUCCAUAUAGUGUAGUUUUAGAGAUCAGUGAAUUAAAUAAAUGACGUUAUUACCCCGUGUGGUUAAUAUUUAAUUAGGUUAACUUUUAGCAAUCACGGAUAUGUCGGACAAUAACAAUAACUAAAAACCAAAGAAUCGACGUUUUCUUGAACUUUCAAAUUAAAGACCGCGAUUAGAUCGUUUUUGAAGGAUGAUGCACAGUGUUGCGAUCGUUUUCUUGGUGUUUGUGCAGGGAAUAUGUUUAUCGUUGGCAUAUGAUCCUCGAGAUCUUGCCGGAUUCCUAAACCCCGUGGCUCCCCCUGCUCCGGCGGAGGCAGAGAUGUACUGCCCCGGUCUUUGCAAUCCGAUCUGCUCUCCUGGUUGCACCAGAAGUUGCUGCUUCAACGCCCCGAGAUCGUCACCGCACUGGGAAAAUAUGCCACAGCCUAACCAGAACUAUUAUGGUAUGCGAAUGUCAGGACGAAGAUCGAAAAUCCCAGACCCUACCAAAGAACCAACGCAAAGUGUCUAUGGUUGUGAAAGCAAGCAGUUAACGAUAAAAUGCAAAAACAGAUCUAACAAGCUUUUCAUAACAAACUCUUUCUACGGGCGAGACGACACGAAAAUAUGCAGGCAUCCUGUUCUUCCUUAUGAAGCUUACUGUCGUGGUCAGGAAGAUCUCAUCCACGAGAAGGUGCAGAAUUUGUGUAAUGGCGAAAAUGAAUGUAGGGUUGCCGUCAAAGAUGGCCUUUUGCUACGCGAGGGUACAGUCUUGUGCCCAAGAGUUUAUAAAUACCUUAAAGUUGAUUACAUCUGCACUCAACAUCCAGAUAUUUACGAAUAGAAAUAUUAAAAAGUUAAUGACAAAGUGCAUAAUUAACAGGACAACGGGAAUCGUCAUUUUUAUAUGUUUACAACGCAUGGAUCUCUAUGUAAGAUUUCACGGAUUCGUUCGAAGUGGCAAAAAUGGAUAAAUGCAUAAAGAAAAUUUUCAAACGUGCUCAAUCAUUCAAACUAGUAUAUAUUCCUCAAUUCUAUUGACUGAUUGACACGUGUUUCACCACUGGCACUGCAUGCAAUGCUAUAAUGCAUCGCCUGAAGGUUGUGUGGCGUUUAAUUUUAAUAGGUAUUUUUUGGCGUUGAAGCACUCGUUAGGGACAUACUCCCAUAAAGGAAACUUUAGAGUUAAUAUGAUUAAUGGAUAAUACACUUGCCGAGAAUUAGGGAGAAUUGUAAAUUUCGCGCGGUUUUAGAAAUUGUUGCACAAGAUGACUGAGAUUAAAGAUGGAAUAAGCCAA